AACAGCCCUGUGUUGUAUGUAGCCAUCUUAGAGCUCUCUCUCUCCACGGCCUACCUAGGCGUUUCUCUCUUCACAUCGCCUGUGUAAAGUUCACCGUGCUGGAUUAAAGAUCUUGUCAUCCUCAUCAAAGCCAGUCAGAAAGCUACAACGCGAAGAGUCUAUUAUAGGAGAGAAGUUUCCUCCGAUGGCAUCCAGACUAUUGGAGAGGAUAAACAUGAUGUGCUGCUAGUGACGCAGAGAGCAACAUGGACAGACAAUAACAAAUCGUCACGCUAGGGGUGCAGUCUUGGUUCGUUAUGACAAGUGGCUGUGUGGAAGAUGUCCACCCAUUCUACGACUGAUAUCACUGAUGUUGGUCAUGGGGACUCUCUGUGCUGUGCCAGUAAAGAGGGCCCUUCAGCAGCGACGGCAGAAGUGAAACAGGAGACUCUCAGUCAGACGGCUUCAUACGGCACCUCACACAAUGAGCUGAACGACACGCUGCUCAUGGAGCCCAGCGACAUCAAGAUGUACCCCACAGAGGACACACCUGCACCAGAAGGUCAGCCAGUCAAGAGAAAGAAAGGCCCUGCUCCCAAGAUGUUGGGGAAUGAGGUGUGUAGCGUAUGUGGAGACAAAGCGUCAGGCUUUCAUUACAAUGUGCUGAGCUGUGAGGGCUGUAAAGGUUUCUUCAGACGCAGCGUCAUCAAAGGAGCUCAGUACACCUGUAAGAAUUCAGGCCGCUGCGAGAUGGACAUGUACAUGCGCCGCAAGUGUCAGCAGUGUCGCCUGCGCAAGUGCAGGGAGGCCGGCAUGCUGGAGCAAUGCGUGCUGUCAGAAGAGCAAAUCCGACUAAAAAAGAUGAAAAAACAGGAAGAAGAAACGGCACGUACCUCUGCAGUGGCAACACCUAGCCCUGCCCCUGAGAUGCCCCCUCUGGCUCCUGAACAGCAGGAGAUGAUCGAAAAACUGGUGGCCAUGCAGAAACAGUGCAACAAACGCUCUUUUCUCGACCGGCCCAAAGUCACUCCUUGGCCACAAAGUCAGGACCCACUUAACCGAGAGGUUCGACAGCAGCGGUUUGCUCAUUUCACCGAGCUGGCCAUCAUGUCUGUGCAGGAGAUCGUAGACUUUGCUAAACAGCUGCCUGGCUUCCUGGAGCUCACCAGAGAGGACCAGAUCGCCCUGCUGAAGACCUCAACUAUAGAGAUCAUGCUGCUAGAGACUUCCAGACGUUAUAACCCAGCGAUAGAGAGCAUCACCUUUCUCAAAGACUUCAGUUAUAAUAAGGAAGAUUUUGCCAAAGCAGGGCUACAGUUUGAGUUCAUCAACCCCAUCUUUGAGUUUUCAAAAGGCAUGAAUGACCUCCACCUGGACGAGGCAGAGUACGCUUUGCUCAUCGCUAUCAACAUUUUCUCAGCAGACCGACCAAACGUUCACGAUCACGAGUUAGUGGAAAGACUACAGCAGCCAUAUGUGGACGCUCUUCACUCUUACAUCCGAAUAAAACGGCCCAACGAUCAUCUGAUGUUUCCCCGGAUGCUGAUGAAGCUGGUCAGUCUACGCACACUGAGCAGCGUCCACUCAGAACAAGUCUUCGCUCUGCGCCUCCAAGACAAGAAACUCCCACCUCUGCUUUCUGAAAUUUGGGAUGUCCACGAGUGAGCCGGCGCUCCGCCUCCAGGACAGAAUGAGCCAGUGUCAGGGAAACAUGGGUGGGCAGGGGUCCUCUACAGACAGAACACGGGGUCAUGACGUCCUUAAGGGCUGAAAUGUCUCCCACUGUCACGAGAAGCCUGCUUUUAUCAUUCUCUUUCUUGACUUCUAUAUUUUGGACCCAGUGGUCAGUGAGCUGCUUCCUUUGAAUGUGCUAAUGAUAGACUGUAUGGCCAGAAGUAGCUCAGGGACCGAUCAGAACAGAUAAUGGCUAUUUGACCGUGGCCAUUAGAGCUCGGACAUCAGGAUGGGUUUGGAUUCAGAGACUGAGUGAGCAGCCACAAACAGUGUGGUCAUUAUUUUAUUUUUAUUUUUUUUUAGUCGUUGUUGUUUAUACCUAAUGUUUCCAGUACCAAAAGGUUUGAGCAGGUUUUGGCAAUGGUUUCUACUUUCUAAUUAACAUGAGGUUGUCUUGAAGGUUCUUCAUUACAGAAAUGUAGUUUAUUUAGUGUUUUUGUGAUUCCACUGAUUGGUUGGAAAUGGUUGAUGGCCAUUUGAUUUUUUUUUUUUUUUUUUUUUUUUUAUAUAUAUAAACAUGCAUAGAUCAUGCAUAGCAAUGAGCAACAGUUUUCUGUUAGUACUGACCCUUUCGCUCAUUUUUAUUACAUGAUGUUUAACAAGCAUUAAGUUUCUAAUUAUGUUAAAAUGCAAUCUUCUGUUAACACCCAAAGGUUUUUACGGACGAGAUCAAUCAGUGCUUUACCAGUGCAAGCCAUUCCGAGGCCGUGUUACACUGAUCCAGCACAUCACAUCGUACACAAGGAAUUCUGUUUUCUGCUGGUUGGAAUAUUCAGAAGAACUGACAAAUCAAAUGGCCUGAUUUUUAUGAGGUUGAACACACUGCAGAUGAAUUGUGCACACCAACUCGAUGUUUUGCAGUGGUUAGAAAGUGCUUAUCAGUGUAGGCGAUGGUUGUCGGAGUCACUGGAGCUGUUAACCCGAAUCGGUGUGCUGCUCAACUCACAGCGACUACUGAGAUACAUAGAUAGAUAGAUAACCUUCAGGUGUGAAGCAUUCUGAAAACUUAAUGCAGACCGUGAUUUAUUUCUUUUCCAUUGCAUUUUCAUGUGUAGUUACUGCAAUCUCCAACUUAACAUGCUGUAGUUUCUUUUCUUUUUUUUUUUUUUUUUUUUUUUUGACUCGUCAGUUGUACUCGGAGGGCUGACAAAUUUAUUCUCAAAAACAUAACAUACACAAACUAAGUUUAAUGCCUAACUCAGUUUGAUGCCUAUGUCUUGAUCAAUUUGUCAUUUUUGCCCUGAAUAUAAAUUACAAACCGUGCAGAAAUAUAUAUAUAUAUAUAUAUAUCUUCUAAAAUCAGUGGUAGAAAUUGUAAUAGAAAAUAACUUGGGCCAUAAUUUAUGUACUUCGUUACUUUUUUUUUUUUUUUUUUUUUUUUUUAUAAAUAUCAUCAUUAUAUUUAGUUCUAUACAGACAUUCGUCAACGAAGAUAGCUUUGUCACUUUUAUUUACACAUACUAAAUAAUUUAAAUUUAAAUCUUUAAUUAUUCCUCUUUUUUGUGAUUUUUUUUUGCAGUUAUAUAGUAGUCUGUUUUAACACACUUUUGUUGUACCUCACUUGUACGUUAUGAUGCUAUUCAGAUAGUCUGAAUGCACACCGAAUAAAACCUGUCCCAUCUACAUCAAGAGAGAUUGGCAAUGUAUGUGAAACAACGACCAGGUUUCUUAGCGGUAGCUCUGAAAAAAGGGACUAGGCAAAUGAGAGCACUUUGUAACGUCUUAUUAUGCACCAUAACAAUGCAAAUAUCCGGCGUGACCACAUACAAUUCAGGUUUUACUGAUUUUAAAAAACCACUUUUGUGACAGGCAUGGAUUGUUGUGAAUCAAUUAUAGAAUCUAACAUCGCAAAAACAGGCAUCGUUUCUAUGGUUGACUAAUACAGUUGGUUUGCUGUGGCAUUCUUUGCCCUGACUGUGCAUAAUGUUGAGACUUUGCUAAAUCACGCUGACGCGUACGUUUCUGUACCACCUUUCUGUCAGCUAGUGAAAUUGCUAAAUGCCUAUUUGUUUUCCUCAAGAUCCGUUUAAUUUCCGAUCAGAUUCGCGCGGACUCUGUUUAUUCCAAGUCGUUUCCAAUCUUUCGCAAGGGCUUGAAAAUGCAGUCAAUGCAGUUAUUUUACCCUCAUUCGUUCAGCAGCCAAACUCAAAACUUGGUAUACAACCAACUGUUAAACCUCAGUGAUCUUCCUAAUGAUUUGUGAUCGCUCGUCGUCGUUUGUGCACGUAUGAAGUGUAAAGAGGGCAUGGACAAAUUGUAGUCAUCACAGAAAUGAUCGUUUACUCCCGCUGCUCUAAGCUGUUUUCUCCAAACUGAAAUGAUAAAAUGAUUUUCUAACCGAAUGUUAUUACAUGAGGCAGAGUGUAAUGCAAAGUUGAUUGUAGUUCUAAUUUAUUUGUACCCUCUCAGCUCAGUGGACCUCAUCGCUCUGAUUAACGUUAGUCUUCGGUAGAGAGUUAUGGAAGGAUGACAUCAUAGAAAUGCAACCUUAUGUUUUAACGCCUUAAGUCCUUGGAUGUACACUGCUUUAUAUGUAUAAAUUAAAAAGUAGACUAAAUUUAUUGUUCUGUGAGAGUAUAUAUUUAUCUGAUAAAAAUGCUGAAAAACCUAGAUGACUCAAAGCCUAUUCUUUAUACAGAAAUACAUUUACCUGAAACAGGGUACCUCCGUAUUGUUUCUGUCUUUUUAUUAUUCUGCUGUUUUUUAAUAGAUCAGGGUUGACCCUGUAAAUAAAUACUGAAUCUGAGCUUACAA